AUGCCGUUAAUCAUAGUAUCCGGCCUCCCGACCUCGGGCAAGACGCACCGCGCGAAACAGCUUCAAGCGCACCUCGCCGCCCGCAUCGCCUCGGCCUCGGCCGCAACCACCACCUCCGCCCCGUCCUCCUCGACGACGUCCGCCGAGGGAGCCGCAGCGAGCACCGGCGGGAGACAGCCCUACAGGCUGCACUACAUCUCGGACUCAACGCUCUCCAUCCCGCGCGACGUCUACGACCUCGACCCGGAAAAGGUACGCGCGCACACGCGCUCGGCCAACGCCUCGGAAAAGGAUGCCCGCGCCGCCGUCUACGGCGCCGUCAAGCGCGUGCUCUCGGACCGGGACAUAGUUAUCCUGGACGGGCUGAACUACAUCAAGGGGUGGCGGUACCAGCUGCAUUGCGAGGCCAAGGCUGUCCGAACGCCGAGCGUGGUGUUGCAAAUUGGGUGCGGCGUAGAGAGGGCCAGGGGCAUCAACGAGGAGAGGUUGAGGAGGAGGGCGGAAGCCUCUACAACUGCGACGACGACAACGACUACGCAGGCGGCAGAGAACGCCGAGAAGCCCGCGGGGAGCGACGACGACGACGACGACGACGACGCAAAGACGGACGCGGACGGAGAGGAACAGCCCUACGAGCCGGACAACUGGGAGAACCUCGUGUUCCGGUACGAGGAACCGAACCCGAUGACGCGGUGGGACAGCCCGCUCUUCACACUCAUCUGGGACGACGACGACGCGCAGGCUGCCCGGGUCUUUGACGACGUCUGGGACGCGGUCGCGGGGACGGGGCGCAAGGUCGUGAAGCCCAACCAGGCCACCGUCCAGCGCAGCCGCGACGCCGGCGGGGACUACCUAUACGUGCUCGACCGCGAGACGCAGGACGUUGUGAGGCGCGUGCUCGAGGCGCAGGGCGACGGGGACGAGGGCGGCGGCGAGGUCGCCGUCUCCCGUGGAGCCGCGGGCCCCCAAGGAAAGGAGAAGGAGGAGCUGGUGGUCAGGCUCCCCGGGCGCAAGGUCGGGCUGCCGCAGCUGCAGAGGCUGAGGAGGGCCUUUGUCGGGCUGAACCGCGGAGGAAUUGGGCUUGAGGGCGUGGGCAACUUCAGCGUGGAGAGGAUGAGGGAGAGUUUCGUUGGGUACCUUAAUGAUACGUUUGACCAAGAGGGUUGA